AUGCCUUCUUACAGCAAGAUUGUUGCGCUCGCCGCAGUCGCCGCUCCAUCCCUCGUUUCUGCCCACGGCUACGUCUCUGGCGUUGUCUCCAACGGCGAGUGGCACUCUGGUACUUCACCAGAAUGGACCUACCAGUCAUCUAAGCCAGCAACGGCAGGCUGGUACGCCAACAACCAGGACAACGGAUUCGUCGAGCCAAACUCGUACGGCGAUGCCGACAUCAUCUGCCACAAGGGCGCUACCCCCGGUCAAGGCUCCAUCCCAGUGACGGCAGGCAAAUCAAUCGACAUUCAGUGGAACACCUGGCCAGACAGCCACCAUGGACCGGUCAUCACUUACCUUGCCAGCUGCGGCGGUGACUGCAGCUCCGUCACCAAGGCAAACCUCAAGUUCUUCAAGAUCGACGCUGGUGGUCUUAACGAUGGAAGCGCUGCUCCAGGUAGCUGGGCUUCCGAUGACCUCCUCGCCAAUAACGUCACCUCCACCGUGACCAUUCCUGCGGACAUCGCUGAUGGCAACUACGUCCUCCGUCACGAGAUCAUUGCCCUGCACUCCGCAGGUCAGGAGAAUGGUGCACAGAACUACCCACAGUGCCUGAACGUCGAAGUUUCCGGUGGUGGCAGCGCCACUCCAGAGGGUACCGCAGGCACUGCUCUCUACAAGAGUGAUGAUGCUGGAAUUCUCAUCGACAUCUACCAGAGCUUGAGCAGCUAUGAGAUCCCAGGUCCAGCUCUCUACGGAAGCAGCAGCAACAGCUCGAAGGUCAAACGCACUCCUGUGCAGUUCCGCGCAUAA